UAGAGAUCUGAAAGAGGAAGAAGUAAGAAAUGGACAUGAUUAACAUGUUGCCUGUGGAGUGCAUCUCCCUCAUCAUAUCCUUUACAUCUCCGCGCGAUGCCUGCAGAUCAUCAGUAGUCUCUCCUGUCUUGAGAAUAGCUGGAGAUUCUGAUUUUGUCUGGGAGAGGUUUCUGCCUCAAGAUUAUGAGCAAAUCAUUUCGCAAUCCCCGUCAUCGUCGUCUUUGAACUCCAUGUCCAAGAAGAAUCUCUACUUUCGUCUUUGCAGUCACCCCAUCAUCAUAAGCAAUGGUAACAUGAGCUUUGCACUAGAAAAGCAGAGCGGCAAGAAAUGUUAUAUGGUAUGCGCAAGAGGGCUUACAAUUGCAUGGGGAGAUACGCCCGCUUAUUGGCAUUGGAUAACUCUACCACACUCCAGGUUUGCUGAAGUGGCUGAGCUCAAACUUGUAUGGUGGCUGGACAUCAAAGCAUGCAUAGAAACUAAGGAUUUAUCCCCAGGAACAACCUAUGCAGCUUACCUUGUGUAUCAGCUUUCACAACACAGAUAUGGAUUUGAAUCGCCUCUUGUGUCGCGUAUCAGUUAUCAACAAAGUGACGUAGUGACUGUGCAUAGUGUGAUCCUAGACCCUAGGCCUCCGCGACCGCGAGCUCGAGACAGAGGAGAUGGGUGGAUAGAGGUUGAGAUAGGUGAAUUUUUCGUUGAACAGGGAGACGAUGAUGAUGUUGUAGAGUGCAGUGUGAAGGAAGUCAGUAACUCUAAGCGUGGCCUCAUCGUUGAAGGUAUUGAGGUGAGGCCUAAAGGGAUAUAGCUCAAUGUUGCUCAGAAUUUUCAUAGACCAAUAAAUUGCAACCAGGCAUCUGGAAUGCUUCUUAUCUAUGAGCAUGGUCUUUUAUUCGGUUGGACGAUGUGUUUAUGGUUCAUGUAUUGUAUUGCAUAAGAUUUUUUUGUGUAUCCUCUUAGAAUUGGUAACAUGUCCCAUUGUGUAUUAUUGUUCUUCAGAUUAAUGGAUAUAAUGUCCGCCUCUUUCUUUGA